AUGGUGGAUUUUUCGUUGAAGAACAGGAACCAUGACAAGCAUCCUCGCCGGUUGUCACCAAAGGGCAAGAAUCCAGACUCAUUGACGAAGACUGAAGUAAAGCCUGGCAAAGGCAGCAGCAAUCCCUAUAGCGAGAUGAGUAUAACAGCUGACUAUUCACAGCUACCUACAAUUAAUGCCAAAGACAAGAAUAAGGUAGCCAGCUCGAUGCAAAGAAGAUUAUCAGUGCAUAAUCCCAAUUACGUACCGCCGAAACUGGACUAUUCGUUGCCUCUUCCGUCUAACGUAGUUAGCGGAGUCCAGUUUGAUCAGCCAAGGGAAGAACCAAAGCGGUUUGCGGUAAAUGGAUCAACACAGGGACAUCUGGGCGCGUCAACUGUGGACGGGCGUAAACAGGUAGAACCACCGGCCGCUAGACCACCACUUCCCGCUACAAUUAACUCGGCUACGUUACGAAAGAUGUUGGCGGAUCCCAAAUUCAAUGCGAAGACAUUCGUUCGAGAGUCGCUGGGAGAUGCGAGUGCGAUCGAGAUUGACAAGUUUACUUCUAAUCUCGGCGAACUGGCAGUUCAAAUACAAGAAGAAGCCAAGGACAACGUCAAUAAAUCCUACAACGAGAUCCUAACUGUCAACAGAGAUUUGGGCGUUGCUAGCAUUGAGUUGAAACAACUAAGAUCGAGCGUAAGCGAGCUAAGUGACAUGAUGCAGGAGUUCUUUGUGAUGGCGGGGAAGAGAUUACAGAUGGAGGAGCAUAAGGAGCGAUUUCAACGGUCAAGCUCAUCCGCAGAACUCCUCCCACCGGUUGGAGCCGACAGUCUGUCGAAUAAGAAGCGGGAUCGCAGCAGUGUUGCAAUCUUGGAGAAGAUCUGGGAUCAGCAGUUAACUACUCUCUUCAGGAACGUCGAAGGAGCUCAGAAGUACGUAGGAACCUCGCCAGGGAGACACAUAUUGACGGAAUCCAGUGAGUGGAUAGAGCUGAAUAUCGCUACAUUAAAGCCAUUGCAGAGCGUCCAUAUAUUCAUAUUGAGCGAUAUGGUUCUUGUGGCAAGUCGGCCAAAGGAGAAGCAAACGGACCUUGUAGUCGCUCAAUGUAGCCAUUUGAGGGAUGUGAGCGUUUCAUUUGAAGGAUCAUCUUCCAAAAGACUGUCUUUUACUUUUGGCCCCAGUACGAGAUGCAUCUACGAGACCCGGGAUCAACAAGAAGCUGCGCACCUGCUAAAUACUGUGAGGAAAGCCAAAGAUGACUUCCAUGAUAUACUACACGCUGAGGAAGAAAACGCAAAGAAAAUCAAGGAGUCUUUCAACCAUCUACAAUACUCGCAACAAACCCCAGUGAGAGAUGGGACUAAAAGUCCUGUGAAAAGUGUCAGAAGAAGCAUGGGAAGUGCUACACCCGGCAAAAGCGGCGGGGAAGAAAUGGACAAUUUCCUAUUUCAAAAGCUCAGUAUGACAAUGCACUCAAGGAGCCAUUCCCGCAAUGCUAAUCCGCUUGCUCCUAAACUGAAAUCACUAAGCAAUGGCGUUGAAGAGAUCGAUAUUGAACUGGGCAGAUUGAAGUUUGACAAAGCCGUCAGUGCCUUGAACGCGUUGGAGUCGCAAUUGAAGAGACUUGCUGAUCUAGGAGAGGACGAUGAUAUGAUGUUACACGGCCUGAUAACCUUAAAACUGGACCAGAGACGCGAAGCGGUAGCUUCCAAGCUCUCCCAAACAAUCUCCAGUACCUCAGAAACGGCACCAUUGCUACAUGCCGUGAAAAACAUGAUAAAACUAGGACUUCCAGAAGAUGGGCUAGAUCUAUUCUUGCAGAACAGAUCGAAUCUCAUAAAGAGCCUCAUUCUGCAGACAGGAUCUCUGGAUAACCCCACCAACUAUUUGAUACAGAUAGCCGUGAUCCGCUUCCAGAUUAUCAGGAAAACCGUGGUCAACUUUCGAGAUGUUUUCCAAGAAGAUAAAGAUAGGUUUUCGUCCACCUUGGUCAACUGGUGUCGAGAAGAAGUUGACAAACAUUUUGAACUGAUUGAAAAAUCCCUGCCCAGCGAUGAGGCGAUCUCACCUGCAUCGAUCAGAUCCUCCAGAAGGCAGAUCGACGGGCUCAGGUCAGUCGGAAUCGACUUUGUCUACAAACUUGACGAAUUUAUCAAGAAAAACAGCCACAAGAUACACUGA